GCCACAAACAAGGACUUUCACUUCAGUUCACUGGGUAUAUCAGGCCCAGAGCGUGUGUCUGUUGGUGACUCUGAUGCAGCUGGUAACCGGGUCCACACAGCAAAUGGGAGCAGGAACCCUAACAACUUAGCUACAGGAAGAUUCCUCGCCUGAACACCUGAGGAGCUGUGAGGAAAACCUGUGAUUGGUCUGAAGACAUGGCAGCAAGCAGGGAACCUGAUGGACACAACAUGGAAGAAUUCAUUGAAUUUCUCACAAAAAUACUCAGUGGAGAGGAUCUGAAGCGCUUGAUAACUGAAGAGGGAGCCUGGGAUGCCUUUGUGGAGGGAGCAGGGUUGUCAAGUGACCAGGAAGAUGCACUGCGUGAUGCCCUGAAUGAUCAUUUAGCACAGGAGCCCACAGAUGAAGAUGAUGAGACUCAACGGGAGCUGCAGAAGAAGAGGUUUUUGGAAGAAUUUCCUGUGUUGAACAGGAACCUUGAAGAACACAUCAGGAAACUCCGAGACCUGGCUGACCAUCUUGACCAGGUGCACAAGGGCUGCACCAUCUCCAAUGUGGUGGCCGACUUCACGGGCACUGGCUCUUGACUCCUGGGCAUCCUUGGUUUAGCUCUGGCACCUUACAGCAGGGGCCAGUCUGGUGCCCACAGCAACUUCAUUGGGUCUGGGAGCAGCAGCAGCUGUGACUAAUGUCACCACCAGCAUUGUGGAAAAAUCAAACAGAGGGUCAGAUAAGGCUGAAGUCAACCAGGUGGUUAAACCAGCAUGGAUAUUCUACAUGAUAUUUUAGUGAUUAUACCUAAUUCAGUGUCAAACUUUACACUAUGCGUAAGGAUGUAGGCAAAGAUAGCAAACUGACCAGGCAUCAGUUUCCUCUCUUAAAGUCAGUUGCUGGCAGUCGUGGUUUAUACUGUGCUACUAGAAUGGCCAGAGAGUCAACCUUGCAACAGGACUCAACGCUGCAAGAGGACUUACCAUUGUAAGAGGAUUCAGAUUUGCAAGAGUAGUCCUUAGUGGGUUAAAGCUUGGAAUAGAAGUAUAUAACCUUGUAUAUAUAUAUAUAUACAUAUAACCAUAUAUAUAUAUAUAUAUCUCCUCAACGGAUUUGUACGAUGGAGCAAAGACAGAUUCAGAGGGAGCGCUGGGGAAGAAUCUGUCUAUAGGUGUCUUCACAUACAGAGGGGGGACAUUUUUUAAAAAAUGUCAGUCUGUCUUGGAGGACGAAAGAGUCUCUUAAUCUGCUCUGAGGCAAUGACUACAAUGAAGACUGUGACUAGGUUGUUAGGAAGAACAGAGAUCUGUGAAGCUCAAGGAGCAGGGUCUGGGAAUCCGGGAACAUGGCCACACCUGUGCCUAGGAUUCCGGCAUCACAGACAAGAUGGAACAAGCGUAUAUCUGAUUGAUUUUGAUCAGUUUCACCUCAAUUAGCUUCUUGUGCCCCUCCUACUCCACUGACACCUCCCUCUUUGCAGCUGCUCACCCUUCUACUGUCCUCUGUUCUUCCUUUUUUUUUUUUUUUUUUUUUUUUUUUGCUUUUGUGGACCUAUUAUAGCAUUAGGUCUGUGGCAUCUGGUAGCAUCUUUUUCUAAAGUUGGGAAUGCCUGUUUUGGUGGUCACACAUCUGGAAUUGUGAUGUCCUCUUGACUGACUGUUCCUAUAGUCAGCAGCUGUCUCUGUCCUUUCUCAGUAGUUUGGUCUGAAGUCUACUCCGUCGGACAUUAGAACACUGCUCACUAGUUCCAUUUGCCUGGAGUUCAGUCUCCAUCCUCUCAACCUCAGGCAGCAUCUGUCUUUAUCACCAUCACCUGUGGGUUCCUGGAGGCAACAAGUGGGUGAAUUCUGCUUUAAUCCACUCUGCCAGUACGUGUCUUUUGCUUGGGUAAUAGAGACUAUUUACAUUUAGGGUUAUUGUUGAAAGUAUUAAUUGCUAAGGCUGCAAUGUUUGGCAUUUCCUGGUCCUCAUCUUCUUAAUCAGGGCUCUAGUGGGAUGUAUUCUCCGAUGUACCCUCUUGGACAUGUUGAGCUUUCUCUUCAGUCUGAAAAAAAAUUCUUCCAAUAUCCUCUAUAGACCUGCUGUAACCAUGAAUUCUUGUAGUCUGCAUUCAUCAUGAAAUAUAUUCCUUUUUCUUUCCAUCAUGGCA